CUCCCCGCAGCCGCCCCAGGCUGGUGUUCCACACGCAGCUGGCCCACGGCAGCCCCACGGGGCGCAUCGAGGGCUUCACCAACGUCAAGGAGCUCUACGCCAAAAUCGCCGAGGUCUUCGACAUUUCGCCCACCGAGGUGAGGGGCUGUGGCCUGGGGAGGGGUCUUUGUGCCCCAGGCAGGGACACCCACCCUGUGGCACUGUGUAGUCUGUGCUCCCACAGGUUCCCAGAUGCUUGCAAAUGUAGUCCCCAAAAUUUUCUGGAAGAGUGUUAUGGGCUCAGGGUUGUAUCGGCUCCUCUGGGGAGGGCUUAGGGACUCUGUGCCUCAGUUUCCUCCCCCCCAGUAUGUGGCAGGGAGCCGUGGCUUCCAGUUCCCUGGCUGAUUCCAGCUGCCUGGAGCUGUGGGAAGGUGCACAGGGAUGGAGCAUUGUAGGGUCCCCAGGCAGGCUGGGGGUCGCUGGGCCCCUCUGUUCUAGCAGUGCCCAGACCUGACCGAAUCCCCCUGAACUGGCCGUGGCUCCUCUGACACGUCUUGCCCUACUGGAGCAUCCCCAGUCCCUGCUGACGGGGUUCCUCGGGGCAGAUCCUCUUCUGCACGCUCAACACGCACAAAGUGGACAUGCAGAAGCUGCUGGGGGGACAGAUUGGCCUGGAGGAUUUCAUCUUUGCCCACGUCCGGGGCGAGACCAAGGAGGUGGAGGUGACCAAGACAGAGGACGCGCUUGGCCUCACCAUCACAGACAACGGGGCUGGCUACGCCUUCAUCAAGGUGAACCCCCAGGACCGUGCUGGGGCUGGCACAGCCCUGGGGACUGUGGCCCUGCAGGUGACAUCCCCUGUGCAUCCCCUCCCUGGGACCAGGCUCCCCCCUGACUUCCCACUUCAGUCCUUCCCUGGAUCCACCCUGACCCUGGGGGUCUUCCCUGCCAUGGGGAGGUUUGGGAGAGCUUCCCUGCCUGACCUGGCUACCAAAGGGCAUGGGACCCCUGAGGUGGUUGUGUGUGGGUCGAGAUGGGGGCUGUGUCUGACUGUCCCAUUGUGCCACCACUGUGUGCCUGUCCCACCUGGUCCCCAGAGGAUCAAGGAGGGGAGCAUCAUCAACCGGCUGCAGACAGUGUGUGUGGGGGACAGCAUCGAGGCCAUCAACGACCACACCAUCGUGGGCUGCCGGCACUACGAGGUGGCCCGGAUGCUGCGGGAGCUGCCACGGGCUCAGCCCUUCACCCUGCGCCUGGUCCAGCCCAAAAAGGCCUUCGACAUGAUCGGGCAGCGGACACGGACAGGCAAAUCCCCAGGCGAAGGCAGAGUAGUGGCCAGUGGGAAGGAAACGCUGCGGCUGCGGACACAGGGUCCGGCCGUGCUGGAGGAGGAGCCCAGCCCCUCCGAGGAAGAAGCUGCCCGGCGGGUGGACGAUCUGCUGGAGAGUUACAUGGGCAUCCGCGACAGCGAGCUGGCCUCGACGAUGGUGGAGGCGGCCAAGGCCAGCCCCAGCGUAGCCCAGCUUGCCCAAGGGCUGGACUCAGUGCUGGGAGAGUUUGCCUUCCCCCAGGAGUUUGUGGCCGAGGUGUGGGCAGCCGUCUGCCACGCCAAGGGGAAUAAGGAGUAGCUGGGGGGCAGGUGUUGCCCCUCGCUUUUGUCCCCUCCCCAUGUCCCCCCCAACCUCAUCCCCACCCCAUCUGGGGCUGAGGUGCUGGUGGGGGUUCCCAUCCUGCCCCCCACACCCUCCUGAGCAGCACCUAGACCUGUCCCUUGCAUUGGGGGGGCAGAAGGCACCCAACCCACCCACCUUCCUGAGGAUCCCCCUUGCACACCCCCCAAAUGUGGUGGGCAGUGGCUGUGGCUCAUUAAA